AUGGAAAGAUUAGCUCAGUUGGCAUUGCAUACUACUUCUGCAAGUGGUGCACCACAAGCACCCGCUCACCCAUUAGAUCCUUUAACCCCACAAGAAAUCAAAUCAGUAUCUUCUCUCAUCAAGAGUAACUACAAAACCAAGUCUCUCAACUUCAAUACCGUCACGUUAAGAGAACCAAUCAAGAGAGCUUAUUACGAAUGGAAGGAAAAGAAUGGUCCCAAACCUCCAAGAAUUGCUUAUUUUGUCAUUGUGGUUGAUGGUGAUAAUGGUGUCCACGAAGGUUUGGUUGAUAUUGGUGCUCAACAAGUCAUUGAAAUGAAUCAUACAGAAGGAGUUCAGCCAAUAUUGACUCCACUGGACUUGCAAAAGACUGAAGAGAUUGUUCGUAAUGAUCCAGAUGUUAUUAGACAAUGUGAAUUGAGCGGCUUACCUCCAAAUUCCAUGGAUAAGAUUUACUGUGACGCUUGGACCAUUGGUUAUGACGAAAGAUGGGGAUCAUCGAAAAGGUUGCAACAAGCCUUGAUGUACUACAGAUCCGACGAAGACGAUUCGCACUAUUCUCAUCCAUUUGAUUUUUGUCCUGUGGUUGACAUGAAUGCUGGUAAAGUUAUUUACAUCGAUAUUCCACAAAGAAGAAGGCCAUUAUCGAAAUUUAAACACUCGAGUUUCCAUCCAAAGCACAUUGCUGAGAAAUUUGGUACUAAAGAAAACCCAUCUGGUUUCAGAAAUGACAACACUCCUAUCAACAUUACUCAACCAGAGGGAGUUUCAUUCAAAUUGAAUGGUCAUGUGAUGUCAUGGUCUAAUUUCAACUUCCAUAUUGGUUUCAACUAUCGUGAAGGUAUUGUUUUGAGUGAUAUGACAUAUAAUGAUCACGGAAAUGUUAGACCAUUGUUUCAUCGUAUUUCUCUUUGUGAGAUGGUGGUACCAUACGGUUGUCCUGACUUCCCACAUCAAAGGAAACACGCUUUGGAUAUUGGUGAGUAUGGUGCUGGUAAUUGUACCAAUCCAUUGGCGUUGGGUUGCGAUUGUAAAGGUGUGAUUCACUACAUGGAUGCUCAUUUCCCAAACAAAGAAGGUGACGCAUCAACAGUCAAGAAUGCAAUUUGUAUCCACGAAGAAGAUGAUGGUUUACUUUUCAAACAUUCUGACUUUAGAGAUGAUUUCCAAACCACUGUUACAACCAGAGGCAAGAAAUUGAUCAUUUCUCAAAUCUUCACUGCAGCAAACUACGAGUAUUGUAUUUAUUGGAUUUUUAGACAGGAUGGUACUAUCAAGUUGGAGAUUAGAUUGACUGGUAUAUUGAACACGUUUGUUUGCGCUGAUGAUGAAGAUAUUGGACCAUGGGGUACUAAAGUUUAUCCAAAUGUCAAUGCCCACAAUCAUCAACACUUGUUCUCAUUGAGAUUGCAUUCAAGAAUUGAUGGAGACAAUAACUCUGCCGCGACAAGUGAUGCCAAAUCUUCACCUUUCCCCACCGGGUCAAACGAAAACAUGUACGGUAACGCAUUCUACUGUGAUAAGAAGACGUUCAACACCGUCAAAGAUGGUAUCACAAAUUUCGAAGGUGCCACAGCUAGAACUUGGGAUAUUUUCAACCCAAACUCGGUCCACAAAUACUCUGGUAAACCAGCAACUUAUAAAUUGGUAUCCACUUUUUGCUCACCAUUGUUGGCACAGGAGGGUUCAUUGGUGAGAAAGAGAGCUCCAUGGGCUGCAAACCACACUCAAGUGCUUCCAUACAAGGAUGAUAAACACGGGUACGGUAUGUUAUACCCAUCAGGAGAACACGUUGCUCAAUGGAGUGGUGAUGGUCCAAGGGGCAUGAGAAAAUGGAUUGGCGAUGGAUCAGCCAAUAUCAACAAUACCGACAUUGUGUUUUUCCAUACUUUUGGUAUCACCCAUUUCCCAGCCCCAGAAGAUUUCCCAGUUAUGCCUACUGAAAUUUUUGAUUUACAAUUGAGACCAAGAAACAUUCAUACCGAGAACCCAGUAUUGGAUGUGAAACCAUCAUACGCUAGAACUACUUCAGAAGUUAAAGCUGGAGCAGUUGGUGUUGAUACGUGUAGUUUGAAUGUUGACAAGAGUUCAAGAUUGGCUACUGAGUGUUGUAAGAAGUAA